AUGGUCUACUAUUUCAAGUCCACUGCGGUUGACCCCCCUGCCUUUAUUUAUGUGGGAAAAGAUAAAGUGGAAAACGAGGAUUUGAUCAAAUUCGGCUGGGACGAAGAUGUUUGGUACGAGUUUCAUGUGGACAAUCAUUCAAGUGCACAUGUGUACCUCCGACUGAAACCCGGCGAUUCGUGGACAUCUAUUGCCCCAGCUCUCUUGGAGGAUUGCGCCCAGCUGACAAAAGCAAACUCCAUUGAAGGCAACAAGAAAGACAAUGUCACAAUCAUCUACACACCAUGGUCGAACCUCAGAAAGGAUGCCUCCAUGGCCACAGGCCAAGUCUCUUUCCAUGACCCCAAGAAGGUCAAGAAAGUUCAUGUUGCCGUACGUCAGAACACCAUCGUCAACCGGCUAAACAAGACCAAGGUGGAAAAGUUCCCCGAUCUACAGGCCGAGAGAGAAGCGGACCUCAGGGAGAAGCGGAAAGCCGAGCGAAUCCAGCGUGAGCAGCAGAAGGCAAAAGAACGGGAGGAGAGAAUGCACCGGGAAGAACUGAGAUGGCAGAAAGACCAUGCUUACGACGACAUAAUGCGGGAGGAGGAGAUGGUGAGCAAUCAAGACCAAGACUCCAGGUUCUUCGAGGACGAUUUCAUGUGA